AUGGGCGACACAAGCGCGAGCCAGACGGGGCCAGAUGCUGGGACAGAACCAAGCAGAACCAGCAACCACGAUAGAAUAUAUUCGACGGCGAAGGCUCUGGGCGCGAUAGUGAAGGUCCAGGAUGGCGGGAUCUCAUUGCUUGGAACCAAAGCCAAAGCCCUCGAAGCCGUAAUACCGAAGCUGCUCAGUGAUGAAGCCAAGGAUACGAUAAAGGAGUUGCUAUCAGUGGUCAGUGCUCUCCAGGAGUCACGUGAAAAAAUUGGGCACUGCCUUCAACCAACUGGCGUUCAUCAUUAA